GGAAGUGCUAACAAACUGUCAGCUCCCGACGAGGCUGGUCCGGGGAUGUGAGGGAUUUCUGCUUCGAAGACACCGACACCAUGCUCUGAAGUGUCGUAUCCACCACUUUUCCAGCUCAAACGAUAGAUUUUUUACGUUUGCAAUGCGGUUUUAUUGGAAUAUAGCGCUUUUUGGACUGGUGCUGCUAGCUGUCCUGCGCGCAACAGAUGGCUUGGAAACAGUGGUGCGCCCCAACAAUGGAUCCUUCGUGACCAUUUCCACCGUUCAGUCAGAGUGUACAGUGUGCGAGGUCACCGGGGUAAAUGCCACCGAGACGACCUGCCACCAGUCCCGCUCCCUGACCCCUGAACAGGAAGUGAAGCUACAAUUCAAAUGCUCAAAGCCCAUAGAGCAGGCUUUCUCUGUCGCCAUCACACACACAAUUGACUGUACCAAAGACUCCUGCAGCCCUGUGUCUGCAGCAGCUCAAGACCUCCUCUCAGAUCUCCCCCGCGUUUAUAAUUGGGAGCUCACUGCACCUCCAAAGACCAGCGUGAGACUGGACCCACAGGGAAAAGGACUGUCUAAAACCAAAAAGCCUUGUCCAGACGGGGUUCUGCUGUCCCUGUCCCAGUCCCAGUCAAAGUCCGGCCCGGAGGAGCUAUUCUGCAGAGGAGGUCCGAUUGAGGUGCUAGAGGUGACGAAUGGAGCGAUUGUGCAACUUGUAGUGGAUCCAAAGACAACAGUGCAGCCGGUAGCAUUCACAGCAGUGCCUUUAAAGGGCAGAACAAUGGAGGUCAGUGUUGGUCCCAGGAGAGAGGUGGUCCUAACCCGAAAACCAUCGGACCCUGAGUGUGACGUGUGCACUGGGGGUGACUGCAGCAACACAGAGAGGACCAUAACAAAUGCAGACAAAGUUCAGUUGGAGUUCAGCUGCUCCAAGCCACAAGACGUCUACACCGUCAAGAUCACAGAAAACAUAGAGUGCACAGAGUCAUCUUGUACCCCUGAUGCUGCAGAGAUUGACCUGGAUCUCUUCAAGGGCUUCAAACGAACCCUAACAUGGGACAUCAGUUUACCCCCAAAAACUGUCCUAACUCUGGAUUUCCCCGAAUCAGGACUAGAAGAGACUUCUGGCUCCUGUCCCGAUGGUUUUCAAUACUUUAUCAGCUCCAGUAAAAGUGAUGGGACCCCCAUAAAGAGCAGUUACUGUCGCGGUACCUCUCUGUCUUCUCUUUACCAAUCCGGACAAACUAACAUCAUUCUGGAAGUGUCAAAAGAUCAAGACCUGCCCCUGACACUGUUCAGGGCCAACGCUGCGAAAAGAGGAAGUCGAAUGCUCACGGUAACCACAGACCCAGACACAAAGGUCACGAUCAGACGCGACCCCCACGGCCCGGACUGUGACGUGUGUGUGACCAAAGACUCCAAACAGACAUGCACCCACAAACAGGUGCUGAGGGACCCCCGAAAUGUGACUGUGGAGUUCAGCUGCAAGACCCCCCAGGACUAUUUCACUGUCGAGAUUAUUAGGGACGUCGACUGUGCAAAGACCUCUUGCUCCAGCGACAUCCUCCAGACAGAGUACUCCAUGUUCCCGAACUUUAACCGGACUUUCAUCUGGGACCUCAAAGUGGUCCCGACCCAGGCUUUCCAGCUGAACUUCCCUGAACCCGGAAUGAGACAGAUCCCAAACAAGCACUCCUGUCCGGAUGAGCACACCUAUUCUGUGGUCACUUAUCUGCGAACGGGACCUGCCACCAUCGGGACGUUCUGUAAGGAGGGCGCUGUGUCCUCUGUUCUGGUCCGGUACAAGGGGCGUAUGUUUUUGGAGGUGCCUGGAGACCGAAAGCUGGACCCUGUGGACUUCAAAUUCAGCCAUGGGCCUCAGACUGACAUUUUGUGCACAGUGGACCUGUCGACACAGCAGUCAUUGUCACUGCAGAUUGAGAAGGUGGGCUCUGAUCCAAACUGUGAGAUGACCCUUGACUCUAAACUCCAAACAAAGAUAAAUGUGGCAUCAGGAACCAAAGGGAAACUGUCUUUUCUGGACUGUCCCAAUGAAGAUUUGCAGCUCACGACCACUCAAGUGAUAGAAUGCCAGGACUACUCCUCUUGUCCCGAAUACCUUCUCACCACCCCAAAGCUGGACUCCUGUUUGCCUAUGCCCCUCCACAGCGCCACCUGGAAAAUCGUCAUGCCUGAAGACGGCACUGUGGACCUGGUCUCCCCUACCGGGACCCUCAAGCAGUCUCUGGUGGGACAGGAGUGCAGAGGGCCUGUAUCUUUGCACCUGGAGGAGAGCGAGGGUGUAUCUAUGGGGGACUUCUGUUUUAACGGUCCCAUUCAGAAAGUCCAGGCCCACACCAACAUCUCUAUAACAGUCAAAACAAAUGACUUAAAAAAAUACAAGGGACACUUCCUCAAUGUGUCCUUUAGCCCAGAGAUAUCAGAGACCAUGAUCUACCGAGUGACCCCUGACCCCACAGCCCCCAGCCUCCUGGGGACCCCCAACUGGCCAAGGGGGAUGAGUCGAUCCUCCACCGUCUCCUGGAUCAUGACUCUGCCCAGAAACUACCAGGCCCUGCUCCACUUCCCUAAUGUGAGCCAACCCAAAUGUGCGGACCGCCACACCAGUAUCACAGUGCAGAUGCUCGGAUACGAAGAGGAGCUGAUGAGCCGAAGAGAGGAUGAAAUGAUGGACGAAAAACUGAUUGUGCCCUACAGUUUUUAUUUAAACAUGUCCAACUGUGUGCCAGAGGAGGGAGACUUUGGAGCAGUGACUAAAAUCGUACUGCAAAAGAAAAGCAAUCUCUUGGCCAUUGUUCUGGGAAUUGCUGGGGCGCUCCUCCUGCUCCUCAUUAUUCUGGUGGUUGUCUGCGUCAUGGUGAAGAAAAAGAAGCAGAAGAUGUCUAAUGAGUCUUCCAUCUACAUCGGAAAAGGCAACAUCUUCCGCCCGAGCGACCGCACGUUUUCCAAAUCUCGUUCAGACAACGAUUCUCAUGUUUACGCCUCCAUCGAUGAGACCCUCACUUAUGGGCAUCUCCUUGGGGACGGUAGCUAUGCAGACUCCAUGUCUGAUCACUUUAAGGGCAUCCAGACUGACUCCUACCACACCUUCACUGGACCAACGGACACACCAGCAUUACCCACCAUCAAAGAACCGGACCUGGAGCCAGAAUUGGACGAGUACCGGGGUUUUUUGAAGCCCUCUGAAAGCUUCAUCCCGCCCAGGCCACGGACUCCCAUAGACAGACAGGACAGUCUUGGGUUUCAGGACCGGAGGAUGGUGGAUAAUGAGUUGUAUACGUUCAAAAGUACAGGAGACUUUAACACUAUCAGGUUAUCAGGGGCGGAUAUGGACCCACAGCCGCCCAUAGACACAGUGACAGAGGAGCUGUAGCGGGACGUCCCAUCUACAGUUCUACAUCAGGUUAAGAUAUAAAGGAAUUGUUUUAGUAGUUCAAUUUAAAGUGCCUUUUCAUGUCAAGUUAAGUUUGUUUUGCUCUAGUACAGAUAUAUUGUAAAAGCUGUCCAAACAUCGCUUUUUCUGUCCUCAUCUAAUUAUGACAUUUUCUUUUUAUCCUCUGCCAACCAGGAAGUGCGCUAUUAGCAUACUAGUUGUUAAAAUUAUAGCAAAACUCGACUCUGGCCUCUGAAUGUUGUGAAAUACGCUUAUAAACUCACCGUGCUCAAUGAUCUGGGUGCUAAAAAUGCAUUAGGAAAGUGGUCCAGUUUUAAUUGUUUAAAAGUUUAAAAGUGAGGUACAGUGCCUUUUCAUUUAAUUUAAAGGAUUUAUCUAGUUUUAUGAGAGGUAGUGCAGGACGUGAUUAUCAGAAAGACUAAUAAUUUAUUGACUUAUAAUCCUGAUCAGUCCCCAAUUAUAUCUGAGACAAAAGAUGAACAUAAUUUGAAAUAAUAAUUAUUUAUUUAUUAAAAAAAUGAAAACAACUUAUAUUCUAGAAUAAUGCUUAUAUUCGUACUAAUUGCAUAAACUAUCAAUGAUUAUGUUUUCAGGUAGACAUCAGUUUUAGGUUGACCCAAAAUCAUGUUGGGUGGGACAACGGUGUAGCUAGAGACUGACAGAGACCAUUCACUCACACUUUGUUUAACCGAGGCAGUUCUGAGUAUCAAAUUUGCUAAAAACAUUAUGAACAUUUUAAUAAAUGGUUUCUGAAACUUUCUUAUACACCUUGAAUUGAACUACUAAAAUAUGAGGAAUGUUUUCUUCUACACUCCUAUGCAUUGAUGUAGGACUGAAACUGAAAUUGAGCUGUGGACUUUUUGAAUGUAUUUAGGUGAUUUUAAAAAAAAAUUAUGUUUAGUUUUAUUAAAUCUUCCUGGAACAAGGGACUUUUGUUUUUUUAUAAUGUCAAUAUUAGUUUCAUUUUUGGUUUUAUGUAAAUAUAAUUUUAGUUUUUGGAAUAAAUGUCUAAGAUUGUUUUUUUUACUGACACAUUUUGUUGUCCUUGGCGCUCAAAGGCUACAUUUUAAGGUAGUGGUACGUUUUUGACCAAAUGAAUUUCAAACAUGAAAACAAUGAGGUUUUGGGCUGACUGCAGAUCCAAUGUGGAAACCAAACCAGGAUGUACCAUAAAAGGGCCGUGUGUUUCUCAACAAUAUGAAAACCAAAUUUACAUUUGCAUUUACUUGCAUGAACUCGCUCUCAGAAUCUUCUAGAUUUUUCCUUUAGCAACAAGAC